CAGUCGAACCUGGGUCGCACCAACUUCACUAACAAGCAGCUGACCGAACUGGAGAAAGAGUUCCACUUUAACAAGUAUUUGACCAGAGCCAGGAGAAUCGAAAUUGCAGCCGCUCUUGGUCUUAAUGAGACACAGGUUAAAAUCUGGUUUCAAAACCGUCGCAUGAAACAGAAAAAAAGAGUGAAGGAGAACCAGAUAAGU